UCUUAUACAUUCGUUUUAUAUAUGUCAAAAUUUGACAAAAAUGUUUGACAAAUCUAUUUGUCAUAUUAUCUUUAUUUAUAUUAUAUACAAUUGAUGAUAGAUUAUGAUCUAUAAUUCAUAUAAUUACAAAAAUGGAAUUUUUUGAUAGUACUUAUAAUAAUAAUGGUUUUGAUAAUGGCUUUGAUGCCGAUAAUAAUAGCAUUCAAAAAGCUUUUAUAGAUUUUUUUGAAACGAAAAGUAUACAAGAACAAUGCACAGAAGAAUCUUUAAUUCAACUGCACGAAGCGUUUUUGGCUUCACCAAAUGAAGAAAUGAAUAUUGAUCAAUUAUAUGAUGCGUUUGAAAAUAUAUUGCAUAUUAAAAUGCCAGAAGAUGAAUUUAAAAUUUUAUUUAGAAAAAUAAACUUAAAAGGAGAUGGAAAUAUUACAUGGAAUGAAUUUAUUUCUUAUUUAUUAGUGGAAUUCCAGAAAAAAGAUAUUUCAUUACAACUACGAAUAUUGAAACUUCCUAUAACUGGUAUUCCUCAAAUCUUGAAAUCACAUCAUCGUACAGCUAUACACAAAAUUAUGUUUUAUCCCGAAAUAUUACCUGACAGGACUACAAGUUUUCAUAGAGGAUCUUACCUGAGCGUGACUAAGGAAGGAAUUAUAAAUUAUUGGUCGUUAGAUUUAAAAUACGAACGUAGUGCAAAAUCUGUAAAUCCAUCUUUGAAAGUUCAACAAACUUUAAUAACUGAUAUGAUAGUAAUGCCUGAUAUACAAGUAGUGUGUACGAGUUCCACCGAAUACGAUUUAAGAUUUUACGAUACAGAGGCAAAAAAGUUUGAUCUUCGAAUAAUGGGCGAAUUGAAAGGAAUCAGAGUUUUAGAAUUUAAAAAUGUUCAUACAAAUUGGGUGAAACAAGUAGCCUAUUACGGAACUUUAAGAUCUUUUAUAUCUAGUAGUAGAUGUAGUAUUUGUUCUUUGUUAAUAAGCGAUCUUACAAAGGCUAAAACUCAAUAUAGAUUUAAAGUUAAUAUGGGUAUAUCUUGCUUCACUUUUUGCGAAGAAGUUCAAUUAUUAGUAACUGGUGGACCAGAUUGCAUAGUUCGAAUUUGGAACCCUUAUGUAACAAGAAGACCAAAUUCUAUAUUUCAAGGUCAUCGCGCAGGUAUUUGCGCCUUAGUUGUUCAAGACGCUGGUAAACGCGUGUAUUCUCUAUCAAAGGAUAGAUGUAUCAAAGUGUGGGAUGUAUUAGCUCAAUCUUGUAUUCAGACAUACAAUGGUCUUCCUAGUGAAUUAGGGGAACAUACAACAAUGACUAUAGUGUAUAAUACAUUAAAUCGUAAAAUGAUUGUUGCUGGUGCAAUAAUUGCAAUAAUUGUUUGUGAUCCUCAAGUUGAUGAAGAAGAAUCUGAUGGCUUUACACAUACAAAAUCUGUCUCUUGUGUUUUAUAUAAUCAUCUCUAUAAAGUGGUAGUUUCAACUGGAUUAGAUUCUUGUAUAAUAAUUUGGGAUCCAUGGCUUGGAAAUCGCUUAUUCUUAGUAACACAUGCACAUAGCAGAUUUUUGUAUGGCCAGUUUCAUGAUAUUGAAAUUACUGCUGCAUGUUUUGAUGAAUCUGAACAAUUAUUAGUAACAGGUGCUCGAGAUGGAACAUUAAAAAUAUGGCAUUUUAAUACUGGUACUUGUUUACGAAACAUGGAACUUGAAACUCAAUGUGAAGUAACAAGUUUAGUUUGGUUGGAAAAUCGAAUUUUGUGCAGUAGUUGGAACCGCCAAGUUGUAGAAUUCGCAAUUUCCGAUGCGUAUAUCUAUAAAAAAAAUUGGGGGCUAAUUCAUACUGAUGAUAUUCUUUGUUCAGCUAUGUGGUAUCCUCAAGUAUUGGCUACAGCAACUUUUAAUGGAGAGAUAAUUCUUUGGAGAUUAGAAACAGGCCAACCAUAUCGGAAAUAUAAAGUUAACGAACCAAUGGCGCGAUUUAGAAUAAAAUAUCUACAAAAUGACAAAACAAAUGAAAAAAAUAAAUCGGAAGAAAUUACAAAAGAAUUCAUUUCGUUACAAAGUCAAUAUGAAACAGUUUCUAAACAUCAAGAAUCUGCAUUGAAUAUUACACGAAUUGUUGCUGUUCGAUCUAUGAUAUUUUUAAAUGCUCGAUCAGUUAAACCUGAUGUCGGAACAUUAUUGGUUUCUCUUGAUUCCGGUUUAAUACAAGUAUGGACUCAUCAUCCGGCUGGAGGAUUUUUAGAAGCUUUUUCAGUUAUUCAUACUGUACGUGAUUGUGCAUUAGCGUUAGCAACUGAUCCUGAAAAUCAUUUUCUUGUAACAGGACAUUGUGCUGGAUAUAUUAAAGUUUGGUAUCUUGCAAAUUAUUUGGUAUCAGAUCCUCCUGAAAUAGAUAUGAUUAAUUUACGGUUAGAAUUUCCAUUUUUAUGGAAAGAUAGACUUUUGGGCAGAGCAAAAAGAGCUGUAAAAGAUCAACCUUUACCACUUUUACUUUCAUCUGUACGUGGUCAUUUAAAAUCUAUUACAUCUGUACAAAUAAUUCCAGAUGCACGCAUUAUUAUUAGCGCUAGUACAGAUCAUUCUGUACGUUUGUGGACAUUUGGCGGACGUUAUAUUUCAACUUUUGGAACAUUUAAACCUUGGUCACCAAUUUUACCAAUGAUUCCAACUUAUCAGUAUUUUAAAGAUUACAGAUUACCACCAGAUAUUAAAAAAGUUGCUAGUUCUACUACAUUAAAAGUUCUUGAAGGAGGGAUUAGCGAAAUAACCGAUUCUGAGAUAUCAAAAACAGCUUUUAAAACAGAUUAUAUUAUGAUCAAUGGAGAAAGACUUACUAUUAGCAUGAUGGAUAAAGCAACAUUAAUGUUGCUUAUAGAUUAUCCAAUUUUAGAUACUUCUCUACCAUAUAUACCUAUAUAUACACACUUAAGAUUAAGACCUUUGGAAAUCAUUCAACCACCAAAAAUACCAGCAUUACUACAAAAAUAAUUAACUAAAUAAACGUAAUCACUGUCAUAAAAUCACGUAAAAAAGAAAAUAUUUUGAAAUGUCAUCAAAAUAAAAGGUAAUAUCGCA